UUUACUGUGAAGUUUGUAAAAGAGGUCUUGGGAAUUUUAUGGCUUACAACAAACACCUCGAAAGUGUGAAACAUCGCCAACAAAAUAUCCUCAUAACGAUUCGAAAAUCACUAAAAAAACCAGAGCUUGUCUUUGACAAAAAUGGGAUAAAACUUACUUCAGAUCCCGCUGCAGAUGAACAUGGUGUGAUUGAAUUGAAAGUGGAGAGUGGAAAAUACGGACAGAUUGUGUUGAUCAUAGAGAACCUCGGUGAGGAGAACAUCACCCUGAAGGAUAUAACCCUACUGUGGAGUGUCAACUUUUUCGAUUACAGGGAGAUAUCGAGUAUCGAUCAGGAUGAGGGCGAACUCUACCCAGGUUGUCAGAAGAGGUUCAGGAUUGGCUGCAAACGUCGCCAGGAGUUUGGAUAUUCGUAUGUUCCUGGUGUGCUCACAUUCCAAAUGGAACACGGGGUGGAGUUUCAUAUCCUGAGGUUUUUUUCCGUGCGCAUCGUUAGUGACUUGUACGAUGAAUUGAAACCGACUUCAGAGUAUCGACCUCCCCAACGGGCACCAGAAAUUCCCAGGGAUGUUAAGACAUUUGGAGGGAUACCCCUUCCUAGGUUACAGAGAAAUGGCUUAAUUAUGGAGAGGCUGGACUUGUAUGAAAUCCCUUUUACUGUAAAAGCCCAGGUCAUUAAAAGCAAUCAAAUCCGGGAAGGACUUUGUGAGCGACUGAAAAAGGAUUUGAGCUUUGACAACUACAAAGAGAAGUUCUCUCUGCUUCUUCACGUGGAAGAACUACAAAUGCAGAAGGAUAUCAGAAACUAUGAUAUGAAAGGAGUUGUUUUUCAACAGGAAAGAGGAGACAGACGCUUUCUGAUCUUAGAGGUACCUGGUCUUGCAGAAAAUCGCCCAUCCGUAUUACGCGGUGACAAGAUCUAUGCCUACGAGCCGGGUGUAUUAAAGCAGAGAUACGAAGGAAUUGUGCACAAAGUCCAAAUGCUAGAUGUGAAACUUGGCUUUGACAUGAACGAUAUGCCUUAUGUUAAGAAUAAGAAGUUCGACAUCCAGUUCACUUUCCAUCGACUUCCAGUGCAGAUGGAACAUCGCGCGUGCGAGCGGAUUGCAUCUGUGAACAGGCAAGACAUGCGACACGUUCUUUUCCCAUCAAAGGACUGUCUCGAUCGAAGGGGAGAAAUUCACAAGGAAGUCAGUUUCUUUUACGAUCGUAAUCUGAACAGCGAACAGGAGCAGGCGGUCCAGAAGAUUGUGUCAGGAUCUUCACGCCCUGCUCCAUAUCUCGUGUUUGGACCCCCCGGAACUGGAAAGACGGUUACUUUGGUCGAGGCGAUUAAACAGGUGCAUGCUUUGAUUGGCUCAAGCUACAUUCUGGCGUGUGCGCCAGAAAACAGCGCUGCUGACUUAUUAGCUGAGCGCCUGUUGCCUCACGUAGACAAAGGCAAAUUGUUCCGGAUGUAUGCUGCAUCGAGGCCGUGGGACUUUGUGCCUCCAAAGCUUAAGGACGCACGAGUGGUAAAUUUUGACCCCGUGUCACGUGACGUGUAUUUUCCCUCUAAAGAGGAGUUGAUGAGCGACUAUCGCAUAAUUGUCACAACUCUGGUAACGGCAGGAAGGUUGGUGUCGGCAUUCUUCCCCAGAAGUCACUUCACACACAUUUUCAUAGACGAGGCGGGUCAUGCAACAGAACCUGAGUGUAUCAUCCCUGUGGCGGACCUCCUGGACCCCUAUAAUCCCAGGGGCGGUCAGCUGGUGCUCGCAGGAGACCCUAAGCAGUUAGGCCCAAUCCUUAGAUCCCGAAUUUCACAGAAAUAUGGACUUGAAACUUCUCUUUUGGAACGGCUAAUGACGUCAUGUCCCGCCUACGAUCGUGGACCCGGAGGGAGUUAUGAUCCAAAUCUGUUAACAAAACUCGUGAACAAUUACCGUUCACAUAGAGCCAUUAUCGAGAUUCCUAAGCAGCUGUUUUAUGAUAACGAGCUGAAUGAAUGCGCUGGAGAUUUCAGGUAA